AAGUGGUGAUGUCUGUUUCUUUUUUCGAUGUAGUUUCACUUUUGGUUUGUUUCUACUUCUCUUGGAGUAAAUAAUAAAAAUUUCCUGUGCUUGCUGGUCAACAGGACAGUUCUUGGAUCCUAACAAUAGUUUCUGCGUCCAGAUAGCUCUCAGGAAUCCAGUUUGUGAUUUGAGGUGCUCAUGCAAAAAUCAAGCAAGGCGAUGCCUUUGAAACCUUUUCUUAAUCUUGUUAAUGGUUUGAUUCUGGUGCCACUAACUGCUGUUUCAUCUCAAAAUACUUCUCAGGGAUCUUAUUGGGUGAAAACGUCACCGCGUAAAACUUGGCAGGGAUGUAAUAGGUCCCAUGCGGAAGAGACCGGAGGGAAAACCUGCUAUUGGAGGCUUGUAAGAGUCUGGAAACGUAUGGAGUACUUAGUGGAGGAGCUGCACUGCACUGCGAGGCUGUACUGGUGCCUGGUUUUGGUACCGUACAGGAUGUCCAAACUUCUUGCAGUUUGGGAUUAUUUCUGCCUGUAACUCGUCUGUACUUUUUUGUCUUUCAAGUGGUGUUUAUAUGUGCUACGUCGUGAUUUCUUUGUCCUUAGAUGCUUGUUUACCCCAUUAUGACAAAAUCUAAAUCUCGGCAUGAUUUCAUGUAGAAUUAACCAUAACGGAAGUGAAUGAAAAUCCAUCUGAAUAAAGAGGCUUUAAGCAAAUCAUCUGCUCUGUGAAGUGUAAGCAGGACUGAGCACAGACUGAAUCUGCAAAAGCAUACUACUGCUUUGUAUACCAUUCUCGCUGGUCAAACUGCCAUAAAUUGAACACAGAUUUCUGUUGCGUAACCAGCCAGCUAGAGUGCCAAACUGAGAAUGAAAGUGUUGGAGCUUAUCCCCUAGAUUCAACCAGUCAGAGACACCACCUCUUAUUUAUCUUCAGUUGAUAGGCUGCUCCUUGCCAGAGGAUGUGGAAGACCGAGAAGGGGGAGGAGGAGUUAAUGCCUUGAAGGGAACAUACGUAUGCACUCAGGAAUUGGUUUCUUCUGCUCUUCAUCACUUUUCAGCUUGAGCUCACACAUCGAGACUGACUGAAUAGCGUGUAGCCUGCUUUCCUCCUAGCUAGACUUGCACAGUGUCUGGCUGUAAUCUGUGUAUUAGAGAUGCUGUUGAGCAGACUUGUCUGCUCACUAGCUCUUUUUUUACUUAUUGAAGUGGUAUAACUUUAAUAAACCAUAAUCAUUUUGUCUGCCUGGCAGUCUCUUCUGCACAGUUCUGUUUACUGCCGUAGAAGUAGACUGUAAGGUGUUUGUUAUGGUGCUGUGUCUUCUCUUGCAGACUGGAAGAGACAAGUAUGAGCCUACUGCUACAUCAGAGCAUGGCACAAAGAAGAAAAAGGGAAAGAAGGAGAGGGAUAUGGAUGAACUUAAAAAGGAAGUCUCAAUGGAUGACCACAAGCUGAGCCUUGAUGAACUUCAUCGUAAAUACGGAACAGACUUGAGUCGGGGUUUGACUUCCGCACGUGCAGCUGAGAUUUUGGCUCGUGAUGGCCCAAAUUCCCUCACCCCCCCACCCACCACUCCUGAAUGGGUCAAGUUCUGUCGGCAGCUCUUUGGAGGAUUCUCGCUCCUGUUGUGGAUUGGUGCUAUUCUAUGUUUUCUGGCUUACGGCAUACAAAGUGUGAUGGAGGAGGAGCCCAACAAUGAUAAUCUGUACCUCGGUGUUGUGUUGGCAGCUGUGGUUAUCAUUACUGGCUGUUUCUCUUAUUACCAAGAAGCAAAAAGUUCCAAGAUCAUGGAGUCCUUCAAGAACAUGGUGCCUCAGCAAGCUCUUGUAGUCAGAAAUGGUGAGAAGAUGAGCAUAAAUGCUGAAGGUGUUGUAGUUGGAGAUCUAGUGGAGGUGAAAGGAGGAGACAGAAUUCCAGCCGACCUUCGGAUCAUAUCUGCACAUGGUUGCAAGGUGGACAACUCCUCACUUACUGGUGAAUCAGAGCCUCAGACCAGGUCUCCAGACUUCUCCAAUGAGAACCCGCUGGAGACCAGGAACAUUGCCUUCUUUUCCACCAACUGUGUGGAAGGCACUGCCCGUGGUAUUGUCAUUAGCACUGGGGAUCGCACUGUGAUGGGCCGUAUUGCCAGUCUGGCUUCUGGACUGGAAGGGGGGAAAACUCCAAUUGCCAUGGAGAUCGAGCACUUUAUCCACCUCAUCACUGGAGUGGCUGUGUUCCUGGGUGUCAGCUUCUUCAUCCUUUCGCUCAUCCUUGAGUACACGUGGCUGGAGGCUGUAAUCUUCCUCAUCGGGAUCAUUGUUGCCAAUGUCCCUGAGGGGCUGCUUGCAACUGUCACGGUAUGUCUGACACUAACAGCCAAGCGUAUGGCUCGUAAGAACUGCUUGGUGAAGAACCUGGAAGCUGUGGAAACUCUGGGCUCCACAUCCACUAUCUGUUCUGACAAAACAGGCACUUUGACACAGAAUCGUAUGACGGUUGCACACAUGUGGUUUGACAAUCAGAUUCAUGAGGCUGAUACUACAGAGAACCAGAGUGGUGCUUCCUUUGACAAGAGCUCAGCUACUUGGACUGCUUUGUCCCGAGUUGCAGGUCUCUGCAACCGUGCUGUGUUUCAGGCCAACCAGGAAAAUGUACCAAUUCUUAAGAGAGCAGUGGCAGGAGACGCCUCUGAGUCUGCGCUUCUCAAAUGCAUUGAAUUGUGCUGUGGUUCUGUCAAGGAGAUGAGAGAAAGGUAUCCCAAAGUGGUUGAAAUACCAUUUAACUCUACCAACAAGUACCAGCUGUCUAUCCACAAAAAUGCAAAUCCAUCAGAAUCCCGUUACUUGCUGGUGAUGAAGGGAGCUCCAGAGAGGAUCUUGGAUCGCUGCAGCACCAUUCUUAUUCAUGGCAAAGAGCAACCACUGGAUGAGGAAAUGAAAGAUGCUUUUCAGAAUGCCUACCUUGAGCUGGGAGGCCUCGGGGAAAGAGUGUUGGGAUUCUGUCACUUGGCUCUGCCUGAUGAUCAGUUCCCUGAAGGCUUCCAGUUUGAUACAGACGACGUGAACUUCCCUGUAGACAAACUCUGCUUUGUAGGACUGAUGUCUAUGAUUGACCCUCCUCGUGCUGCUGUGCCAGAUGCUGUUGGCAAAUGCAGAAGUGCUGGGAUCAAGGUUAUCAUGGUUACUGGAGACCAUCCGAUCACAGCCAAAGCCAUUGCCAAGGGUGUCGGCAUCAUCUCUGAGGGCAAUGAAACAGUAGAAGAUAUUGCUGCUCGACUCAACAUUCCUGUCAGCCAGGUCAACCCUAGGGAUGCCAAAGCUUGUGUUGUUCAUGGCUCAGAUUUGAAGGACAUGACUAGUGAGCAACUGGAUGACAUCCUAAUGCAUCAUACAGAAAUUGUCUUUGCCAGGACAUCUCCUCAGCAGAAGCUUAUAAUUGUGGAAGGCUGUCAGCGACAGGGUGCCAUUGUAGCAGUCACAGGUGAUGGUGUGAAUGAUUCCCCAGCCCUGAAGAAGGCUGACAUUGGUGUUGCUAUGGGUAUUGCUGGUUCAGAUGUCUCCAAGCAGGCAGCUGACAUGAUUCUUCUGGAUGAUAACUUUGCCUCCAUUGUCACUGGGGUUGAAGAAGGGCGUCUGAUCUUUGAUAACCUGAAGAAGUCUAUUGCUUACACCUUGACCAGUAACAUUCCUGAAAUCACACCGUUCCUGAUCUUCAUCAUUGCGAACAUACCCCUUCCACUGGGAACAGUCACCAUCCUCUGCAUUGACUUGGGCACUGACAUGGUCCCAGCUAUCUCCCUGGCAUAUGAGCAAGCAGAGAGUGAUAUCAUGAAGAGGCAGCCCAGAAAUCCCAAAACAGACAAGCUGGUGAAUGAACGGCUGAUCAGCAUGGCCUAUGGGCAGAUUGGUAUGAUCCAGGCCCUUGGAGGUUUCUUCACCUAUUUUGUCAUCAUGGCAGAGAAUGGGUUCUGGCCUUCUGGCUUGCUAGGGAUCAGAGUUCAGUGGGAUGACCGAUGGGUUAACGAUGUGGAAGACAGCUAUGGGCAGCAAUGGACCUACGAACAGAGGAAAAUUGUGGAGUUCACUUGCCAUACAGCCUUCUUUGUCAGCAUUGUGGUUGUGCAGUGGGCAGACUUGAUCAUUUGUAAGACCCGAAGAAACUCCGUCUUCCAGCAGGGAAUGAAGAACAAGAUCUUAAUAUUUGGUCUCUUUGAGGAGACUGCUCUGGCUGCCUUCCUCUCCUACUGCCCUGGGAUGGAUGUUGCUCUAAGGAUGUACCCUCUCAAGCCAACCUGGUGGUUCUGUGCUUUCCCGUACUCCCUCCUCAUAUUCCUGUAUGAUGAAGUCAGAAAGCUCAUCAUCAGACGCAACCCUGGUGGUUGGGUGGAAAAAGAGACCUACUACUAAAAAGUGCCUGUAAAACAUUCCACGCACAGCCCAUGCCGCCUCUCCACCAUCUCCCCUGUGUGCGUACUUCAUCUUCGCAAGCGCAAAACUGUGCCUGGACAGGAGUGAGCUGAAACUAAAGGAAACGUGAAGAAACAUGGACUGGAGGAGAAAGCAAGGGGGAGGUUGGGGUGGGGGGAAGUGUCUGACCAUCAGUCCAUGGGGAUGAGAGUUUGAGUAGUUUUAUGUGCCUUUUUGUUUUUGUAAAAGGAAACUGAAGAUUUUAUAUGUGGAUUUUUACAAAUAAAGAUGGAUUAUAAGAGGAUGCCCCCACAUGGUCUUAGGUGGAUGUUUUUCUCAAGGCAAAAACUGGUUCUGGGCAGGCUUCCCUCUGCUUAGGGUGUGGUAGUGACAGCAUGAAUUAGCCCCUGGCUUCUCAGUUUUGUAGCAGGGAAGCAGAGCUGCUUGACCCGGAGACAACAGCAUACAUGGUUUUUAAAAACCCUGGUGCGUCCCACUCUAGCUCAGUGCCUAAUGUGACAAACUGCUUGCAAGCACUUGAAUUUCAAAGCCUAAAGCUCAGGAAGCUUGCUGGCCUCUAACUAUGCAUCUUGUCUACUUUCCAUAAAUGUAGCAUUGAGCAGAGAGAAGAGCGGGUGGCUGGAUGUCUGCUCUGGCCUGCUUUAAGAGGCUGUGACUUGCUUGCCGGGUUCAGAAUGAGAACAGGUUUCCACUGAAUGGCACUUGGAUCCAAGCAGCCUUGUUCUCAAAAUUCUGACACCGAUUUUUUUUUUUUUUCCUGCUUGCUUUGCCAAGCAAGGGAUAGUGUUUCCUAGUGUUCUCUGUGCAUGCACACACUUGUUGGAGAAUGGCACUUGCCCCAUCCUCAUACUGGCUUGUGCCUGCAAGUGGAGUGAGGGCAGAGGCUGAUUGUGAGAACAGGAUCGUACAUCUUCCACUUUUGAGGACAGUAUUGCUGUUGUGUGGGCUCUGUGGGCCAAAGUGGGUCAUGCUCUGCUUCCCUCUGACUAUAGCCAUUUUCUGUAUGUUCUGAUUUACUGUUUAAUGCUUGUAUGGCUCACUUCUGAGAAUUCAGUGGGAGAGCUGGCAUUUUGCAUGUGGGCUUCAUGCUCCUAGUGUCGUCGUGCUAAAGCUACCUGGAGAUACUUCAGGCCUGCAGUCCUAUUCCUGAACUGCUGGUUUGUGCCCCUCUUAGCUAUGUGUCUACCUCUGCAAAGGAUUGCUAAACCACAGCUCCAACAGGGUUUGCAGUUAAAAAUCCCAUGUUGUCAUCCUUCCUUCCUCAUUACUUUUUUUUUAAGGUGUUAUUUUAAAGCUGUGUCAUUUCUCUCAUGUACUGAACAAUAUAAACUCAAAUAACAGAGAGCACUAGGGAGGGAAAAAAGGAGAGACGGAGGGUGGCAACUGUUUUUAACUUGUCUUGGACAUUCUAAUGUGGAACCCCCAGUUGGAGAUCAUUAAAAAGAAUAAAUAAAGUCUUCCAAUUGUUGGAGUCUG